AUGCCGGAGUAUAUUGAUAUUUCAGAUUUACUGGAUAAGUUGAACAAUUGCGAGGAUAUCGUGGCUGAUCUAAGAAAGCAGUUGGAAGAAAGAGACGAGCAGAUCGAUACAUUGAACAAAGGACUGGAAUCGAUGGUCAGUCAAAAAGGUUCAUUGGAACAGACAGAAGCCACGAAAGAGCAGCUCAGGAGGGAAGAUGACAAGAGAGAAUUAUUGAACGAACUAAACAAACUGCGAGAAGCACCGAAGUAUAGAGACGAUGGGAUAACAGACUUACCGGAGCGGAGGAACAAGUUGGAGAAAGACUACAAGAACAAGACGACAGAAUUACAGUCAAAACUCGACCAGACAAAUGACGAGAUCGAUGAGUUGAAAGCUGAGAUAACCAAACUGAAGAAUGAGUUGGAAGAGUGUAAGAAGCGAAACGCGGAGCUGGAAGAGCGUUGUCUGGAUAAGCAUCGAGACGAGGAAAAUUUGCCGAACGAGUUGGACGAGGCAAGGAAACAGGUGGAGGUGUUGUUGACUGGGCGACUGGAGAACGAGAGGGCGGCCAGGACCGCGUUGCCGAAGGAACUGCAGAGAAACCGAGAUGAGAUUGAAAAGUUACAGACGGAGAUUUUUGGUCUGAAGGAAGAUGGACGCCGAGAGGAAGGAGAAGGACAAACUUCGCGAAGCGUUGCAAGCAUCGGUCGGCGAGAGCGAAAAGUUAAGGGUUCGGCUAGAGUAGCUGAAGAACGAGAACGACGGUCUGAUGGAAAGGACGAAGGAGCUAGACAAUUUGAAUAA